AACAUGGUAAGCCUAGCACUACUCAGAAGUAAAGCCCAUAGAUAGAAUUUACAAUAACAGCUUUCUAUACAUCACCAUCAUCUACCAGCUAUGCUUGAGUACAACUCCAUUGGUUCUGCUUGCAUGCUCCGCAGUAUGGAAGUUGUAGUUUCACACUGAAGACCAUCAGAUUUAUGGAUGGCUAAGGGCAGACUGUUGUUUAAAGUGAUCUGAUUCUGAAAGAUUCCAAGAGCAAUUCUUUGUCAAACUGAAUGAAUAAGAAAGGGGAUAUCAUGGUGGGAAAUAAAAAAUACACAAUGAUGCAAGGAAUGAAAAAAAUAUGGAAAAGGUACUCUGCACAUGUUUAAGCCCUGCUCAUUUGCACAUUCAAAGAACACCCGUUCAAAUGUUACACGCCCCUCUAGGUUUCAUUCACUGGAAAGAUGACGUUCUCCGGAAAUGUCGGAAGCUCCUUUUUAUUUUGUUCCACUAGAGUAUACUGGGAGUUGUAGUGUAAAGAAGGACCAGCACUCCUAACUGGUCGUAAUUGUUAUUUUCUUUUAAACUACAACUCCCAGCAGCCACCGUCGUCCCCGCCCAGGAAAUAUACGUAGAUGGCCCGAUGCAGAGAGUGCUGAAAAUAUCUGUGAUGGUGCACAAUGGAAAAGCAUAGACCGCAGCAGAACUUUCUGAAUUAACUACAAGUUUCUUUUCCUCUUGAUUGUUGUUAAAACCCCGGAUUACAUGUGCACAAAGCUUCAAUCUGGCACACAAGCUGUGCUUCCUAAGGCUGUAAGAAAAGCUGCAUUAUCACUACAGGCUGGCUGUAGAAAGGCAAUAUUACGUGGGAUAUUAGAAAUACUUUCGGACAUUUCAGCAAAAGAAUCAGUCUGAUUUACCUUAACAUACACAGACUGGCUGCCUGCCUGCCUAUUUGUCUAAUGAUUGAUCUAUGCAAGAUCACAAGAUAUGGAGAGACCUGGCCGAUAGAAUCACCCAGAAUUGGACAGGACUGAAUGGAUAACAUCAUCAUUUACAUCCAUCUAACGGUGGAACAGCACCAAUGAACUCCUGUGAGGCUCCCAUGAACUUUCUGGAAGAAGGUGGAUUGGCUGAACAGUUUCUUCACAUUGAGCGAGAGCAGAUAGUCCGCCUGAAUGCUCUCAGCUUUCUUGAUCCUGUCCACUAUGUUUACAACCCUUUGGAUUAUGCCUGGGAGCCCCAUCAGGACUAUGUACGUAAAUAUUGCCAUUCCCAGAAGGAGGUGCUCUUUCUCGGGAUGAAUCCCGGGCCUUUUGGCAUGGCUCAGACUGGGGUGCCCUUUGGAGCAGUGCAGCUUGUUCGAGACUGGCUGCAGAUAAGCGGACAGGUGUCUCGGCCAGCGUGCGAACACCCAAAGAGGCCCAUCCGUGGCUUGGAGUGCCCCCAUAUGGAGGUGAGCGGAGCCCGCUUCUGGGGCUUCUUCCGCUCUGUGUGCACCAAGCCUGAAAAGUUCUUCCAACGCUGCUUUGUACACAACCAUUGCCCGCUGCUCUUUAUCAAUCAAAGCGGGCGCAAUCUGACACCGGCUGACCUGCCGGCUGCUCAGCGUGAACAGCUUCUUCAGAUAUGUGAUGAUGCCCUGUGUGAAGCUGUGAAAUUAUUGGGUGUUGCAACAGUCAUUGGGAUUGGACGCUUUGCUGAACAGCGUGCCCGCAAGGCUCUGUCAGCCGCUGGUAUUCCGGUAUGCGUGGAGGGGGUGAUGCAUCCGUCCCCUCGCAAUCCCAAAGCGAACAAAGGCUGGGAUGCCAUCAUCCGAGCAAAACUGGAAGAGCUAGGCUUGAUGGCUCUCAUCGCGGACUAACUGAGAAUUCCAUGUUCAAGAAAGCAAAGAGCUCUUGCUUGGGUUCUCAUGACUUCUGGAUAAUGGAUCGGAAGCAUUAAUUCUUCUACUGGGCUCGUUGAUUUGGCUUAAGAAUCUUCUAGCCUUAGAUCUACAUAUUUUUUACGCUUUUACUUUCACUACUCUUAUAUACAUACAUACAUACAUACAUACACACACAUACACAUAUUUUCCUUGGUGCUAACACUUGUUUAGGCAGCUGUAUUCAGCUGGCUAUCUGUGUCUUCGUAUACUUCACAGUAGCUAUUCAUGUUGCAGUUUUGUGCAACAAUAUUCCAGUUGAGAUUUUGCCUAGAUCUUUGCCCUUUUGGAAUGGCAUGGCUCCUUAACACUACUUAUGCUGAUGGGCUACCAAUUGAGUUAGCCCAGUAUUGUCUAUUCCACUUACAUCUCUUUAAAGCCUAGAUAUGCUCAGUUUUUUUAUAUACAGAGCAGAAGCUCUGACCCAGAGCCAAAGUGUGCCUCAUGGCAACUGUGAGAACUACCUUCUCCUCAUUGCUUUUAAUGCUGCUGUAAUUCACCGUUGCAUAUCAGAGGAAGAACUAAGUGGGUUCUAGAACACUAGGAAAGUUCUAAUUAGAAGUAGGAGGAAUAAGAACUGUGAUUCUGUAUGUUUCUGCAUUACUGUAUCCUUUGACAUGAGCAGUUCACAUCUGGUUCCUUUCUAUCUUUUGAUCUGUGGAUUUUUGGGAAAGGAACAAAGAAAAGGAAAGGGUAAGGAAAGAAUGCUCCCCUCCUUCUCUUCAGUUCUUGGUUUUGUUUUGUUUUUAAUUAAAAAUUGCAACUAGCUACUCUUAGCCAACUGCUGAGUAAGAAGCAGCAGCGUUUCUGAAAAUAUCUAUUCAGGAAGUGGAAGGAACAAUGCAGGUGUAUUCCAUGUAGACCAAGUUAUCUUGCAGUCUUCUCAACUGCCUGCAAUACGAUGUGUAUGGGGGAAACUAAUUGUAGAAACACUCCUUUACUGUUGCUGUAUGAAGUAGGCUUGGAUUAAACACUGUCUGAACAUGGGAGUUUUGGUGCUUUCUGAGUUUUCUUGCAGACAGUUCAUUACCAAUUAUUCAACUAGGUAACAUUAUCAGUGCACUGAUGAUGUUACCUGGUAGGGUAAUUGGGUAAUGAAAUGUUUACAAAAAAUAAAUCCAACCAAGCUCAGAAAGUACCAAGGAUAUCACAGUUCAACCGUAAGCUACAAAUAUUCUCUUCUAUCCAUACUGCCUCAAUGUGGCUACUCUGCUUUUGCGUGUAGCCCCAUCACUAAAGCCCAACAAAAUGGAUAUGUUGAGCAUGUGAAUGGAAUUUGAUCAUUACGGAGUUGAACUUGGUUCAGAAGCAAGCCAACUCUGCCACUCAACCUACAUUUCUUGUGCUAUUCUGUGUAAGUUACAUAUUUCCUUAUAUCAAGCUUGACUUCUAGUUUUCUUUGUAAUAACGCACAAGCAGUUUUUCUUUGUUUUCUUCCAGGAUUAAAAAAAAAAAAAAUCCU